UGAUGGUUUGACGUGUUUUCCUUUGGUUAAGCUCCAUUCGUUACUUUCAUUAACUUUUUCAUGAACUUGAAAUCUUUGAAAUGUUUGAAAAAUAAAAGGAAACUCUGUUCGAAAUUGAUCACGAUCGUCGUACGAAUUCGAACGAUCGCAGUGCCACCUGUCUUGAAAAUGGCGGAACAGAUAUAUGUAACUCACUCAUACGUAACUCUCUCAACUAACUCACCGACCGUAGCCACUCUACAAAAUAACAAUUCAACGCAACCGAAUUAAUCGUCUUCGAUCACACGUAUUUGCUCUGGUGCGUUACGACGUGUAUACGUGUAUAUGUGUGUGUGUGAACGACGUUCGCGGACGUGCAUUUAUGAUCGUUGUGCAAUCUCGUUCUAGCUGUCAUCGAAUUGUCCAAUAAAAGCUAGACGUGGAACGUGUAAACCUUUACUUUUCCGACGUUGAAUUUAAGCGAAAUGAAAAGAACGAAGGAAAAAUAUACGUGACGUGCGAUAUUUCAUAUUGUACACUUCUAAGAAAAAAUAGUUUUUGUAAUAAAUUUAAAAGUUCAUUUUUAUUUGUUUGUUAAAUUCAUCUAGAAUUUCAAUUGCCAAGCCACGACAUUAAAACUUUACAAAAUUUUAAUCUAAACAUUUAAAUCUUCUUAAAAAAUGUUUUAACAAAAAGUUUAAAAAUUAUUAUAGAAGCAAGUUAGUUCUCCCCGAUUCAUCUUAAUGAAUGAAGCUUUAUCACGACUCUCAAAGCUACGACUUGUAAAGAUGCGAUUCAAAGAUGGGAAGAAAAAACGGGAAUGAAUGCUGCCGAAGCGAAAGAAGUCAUUUUAUCGUUCCAAUGGCCACCAAUUGAAAAAAUGGAUAACAAUUUAGCUGUUUUGGCCAAUGUAGUAAAAUUAUCAUUAUCCACCAACAUGAUAGAGAGAAUCAGUGGCAUUAAUUCUUUAAAGAAUUUACGAAUUUUAUGCAUGGCUCGUAAUUAUAUUAAAAGUUUUUCUGGAUUAGAGGCGGUAGGAGAUCAUUUAGAAGAAUUGUGGAUAUCAUAUAAUUUGAUAGAAAAAACCAAAGGUGUGAACGUGCUUAAGGCGCUCAAAGUUCUUUAUAUUGGCAAUAAUUUGAUACGAGAUUGGGUAGAAUUCAGUCAUUUUCAAGAACUUCCUAAUUUAGAAGAUCUAUUAUUUAUAAAUAAUCCCUUAUGCGAAACCAUGGAUACCGAGGCAUGGCGUAUGCAGGUUAUAAAGAGACUUCCGAAUUUGAAGAAACUUGAUUCAAUUCCGAUAGUGUAUGUGUUAGAGGUUAUUUUAAUAGAUAGAAAAAGGAAUGAAACUCAAAUAUUUUUUUAGGCAUGCUACUGACGAUGUUUAAGAUGCAUUACAUUGGAAGAAAUAAAAUUGAUCAAAGAACAAAAUAUAAAACA